UCUUUAAAUCAGCAACGAGCAGCGAAAGUGCCCUUGCAAACUGAAGGGGAAAGGUUGUAUUUGUUGCAAACUGAGUCGGCUUGUAGGGCUGCCCUGCACAAGUGGUGAAUACUACAGAAAUAGUUGUCGACCGGGCUAUUUAUACAUGGGCUUUCUUCGUAUGGGCUGCAGCCUAUAUAAUCAUAGUUUAUGAAACAUUAUCGUUCUGCUUGUAUCUCUUUUGCCUGAUUUGUUCUAUGUGCGCGCUCAGUGCUGAACGGAAUGCGCACCUCUCUUAUUUACGUUUUCCCUCUGGUUUUAAAGUUAAUAGUAAAGGGGGGGUGGGGAGUGAAGGUACGAGGGGACUGUAGUGCUAUUUGAUCACGGUUGAGCUUUGAAGAUCAGUGAGCAUUGAGCCGGGCCCAAGGACGCAGAGAGAGAGGAGUCCGCGACUCUGAAUUAAUGUCCGCGGUCCGCGACUGGAAAAGAGAAGUGUGGAGACCAUAUGGCCCUGGGAAUAAGGAAUUAUAUACGUUUAUAACUCCACCAAAUGGAAUUAUUAUAAUGGAUGAACGUUAUAGGGAAUAUAGCCUUCAUUGGGAUUGGAAGGAGAUCUGCAAUACGCUUUCAUGAAUCAUUUUGGAACCAUAAGGUAACAUCUUGUUGGGUGAGAACCAGGCAGGAAGGAGUGGUCUCAGACCAAAAGCAGCAACAGUCAUGGUUUGGAGAGCAGGCCUUCUGCUCAGCAUACUGCUAGCUACAGCCACACACACCCUGUCUGCCAGCUUCCCAGAGGACAGUAUACCCCUGGACAUUGUCGAUGCACACUUCUCGCGGCAGUACCCAGUAUUCCGAGGUCGUCCGUCGGGGAACGAGUCACAGCACAGACUGGACUUCCAACUGAUGACCAAGAUACAGGAUACGCUGUUCAUCGCUGGCAGAGACCAGGUGUAUCUUGUGAGUCUCCGAGAAUCCUACAGGAAUGAGAUCAUUCCCUACAGGAAGUUAACAUGGAGGUCAGGCGAGGCAGACAGAAAGAACUGUGCCAUGAAGGGGAAACACAGAGAUGAGUGUCAUAACUACAUCAAGGUUCUGGUUCCCAGAAAUGAUGACCUGGUGUUCAUCUGUGGAACAAACGGCUUCAACCCCAUGUGCCGGUACUACAGGCUGGAUAACCUGGAGUUUGACGGGGAGGAAAUCAGCGGACUGGCACGAUGCCCGUUUGACGCCAAGCAGACCAACGUCGCUCUGUUCGCUGACGGGAAGCUGUACUCGGCGACGGUUGCUGACUUCCUGGCGAGCGACGCAGUGAUCUACCGUAGUAUGGGUGACGGCUCGGCCCUCAGGACUAUUAAAUACGACUCCAAAUGGCUGAAAGAGCCCCAUUUCCUGCAUGCAGUGGAUUAUGGGAACUAUGUCUACUUCUUCUACAGAGAGAUCGCAGCAGAACACAACAACUUGGGCAAGGCCGUCUACUCCAGAGUGGCUCGUAUCUGUAAGAACGACGUAGGCGGGUCCCAGCGUGUGUUGGAGAAACACUGGACGUCCUUCGUCAAGGCCAGACUCAACUGUUCUGUUCCUGGAGAAUCGUUCUUCUACUUCGAUGUUCUACAGUCCAUCACUGACAUCCUCAACAUCAACGGAGUUCCUUCUGUGGUGGGAGUCUUCACUACACAGAUGAACAGUAUCCCAGGGUCUGCAGUGUGUGCGUUCUCCAUGGAUGACAUAGAGAAGGUGUUCAGAGGACGAUUUAAAGAACAGAAAACACCUGACUCUGUCUGGACCGCCUUCCCAGAGGAGAGACUGCCCAAACCCAGGCCAGGCUGCUGUUCGGGUCAUGGCCAGGCUGAGUCCUAUAAGACCUCUAUAGAGUUCCCUGAUGAGACCCUCCUGUUCAUCAAGUCUCACCCCCUCAUGGACGCCUCCGUGCCUAACAUAGGAGACGAGCCCUGGUUCACCAAGACACGCGUCAGGUACAGGCUGACAGCCUUGGCGGUGGACAACGCGGCUGGUCCACAUGGUAACUACACGGUGCUGUUCAUUGGUUCAGAGGCGGGCGUGGUGCUGAAGGUUCUAGCCAAGACUUCCCCUCUGUCCCUAAACGACAGCAUCCUAUUGGAGGAGAUCGACCUGUUCAACAGAGCCAAGUGUCUGUCUAACAAUGAGGAUGACAGGCAUAUUUUGUCGCUCCAUGUUGACAGAGACACACACAGUGUGUAUGUAGCUUUCUCUAGCUGUGUGGUUCGCAUGCCUCUCAGCCGCUGUGAGCGACACACUAACUGCCACAAGUCUUGUAUAGCGUCCAGGGACCCCUACUGUGGCUGGAUGCCUCAUGGAGCCUGUGAGAGGAUCCUGCCUGGAGUUCUGUCUGGUUAUGAGCAGGAUGUAGAGUUUGGGAACACGGUUCAGCUGGGAGACUGCCAUGUGUUUUUGGCCACUACAUCAGCGACAGAUUACAAAUCAUUUGGUGACCCGACCUCUGACAUGGAGUUGUCAUCUACGUCAUUCACAGACCAGCCCAGUGGGCCCAUACACCCCCCAGUACCCCCAGUACUCACCCCCACCCUGAGCCCCCAUCCUGGGCUUGGUCCCGGGGAAAGGCCUGGGUUGGGGCCUGGGGCUGGUUCUCCAGACCUGUAUGGCUCAGGGUUUGUGCAGCAGGAUGACCCGGCCACCUCCCAUUCACUAGAGUCACUCCCAGGGGGCCUAGAGGGUGUGUGGGAGAUCCAGGCGGGAGAAGCCAAUCAGAUGGUCCACAUGAAUAUCCUGAUCAGCUGUGUGUUGGCUGCCUUCCUCCUGGGGGCGCUAGUGGCAGGCCUGGUGGUGUUCUGCUAUAGAGACUCCUUCCUCCGCCACAAGCCCCGGCACGCCCACAAAGAUGCAGAGUCAGCCCCCUCCUGCAGCGACUCCACCGGAUCCUUCACUAAGCUCAACGGGCUCUUCGACAGUCCUGUCAAGGAGUACCAGCCAAGUCUGGACUGUCCCAAGCUGUACACCAACUUACUGAGCAGUGGUAAGGACCUGUCGCCUAACGGAGACACCAAGACCAUGAUCCUCCGGGAUGGCUGUCAGCCUCCCGAGCUGGCCGCCCUGCCCACCCCCGAGUCUACCCCUGUGCUGCAGCAGAAAGUCCUGCAGCCAAUCAGGAACCAGUGGGAGCGAGCCAAUCACCACGGGAAGAUCAAUGGAUCCAGGAAGAACUCCAACUCUACCUCCUCCUCCUCCAUCGCCAAGAGUCCCCAGUUCCACUCCAGUCCCCCCCCCCCUCCUCACCCCCAGCCCCACCCUGCGCUGGGACACUCCCACAUCCCCAGCGCCGUCGUCCUUCCCAACGCCACGCACGAAUACCGCAGUGGUUACCAUGGAAACCCGGCCGACGACGUCACGCCGCCACGCACCCUGGACAGGAAGCCAGAGAACAUGGAACACCUUCAGGCCACGCCCCCUCAUUCUAAAGGAAGCAGAAAGGAGCAGAAGAGGUCGCUGGAUGCCAGGAACACACUGAACGACCUGCUGAAGCACCUGAACGAUGCUAACACGGCUAACGCUAGCUCCAAGGCUAUCCUCCAAGAGGGGGCCGGCUCAGCGCCCCGACCCAGCAGACAACACCUGAUGCUGGAGCCUCUAGGGGACAUCACUGAGGUUCCCCCCAAGGUCCCCAGCCGAGAGGCCUCUCUUUACUCCCCCUCCUCCUCCUCCUCCCUGCCCAGGCACAGCCCCACCAAGAGGGUUGACGUCCCCCUACCCUCCGCCCCUAGCUCCCCCACAGGCAGCCUGGGUAUGGGAGGAAGCAUGAGCGGCACCCUGGAGAGGAGGUACGGCUCUCAUCACAGGAGCUCUUCUCACAGACACUCCCUCACCGCCACCUCUCCCAACGGGGUCAGUAUGGGGGUGUCGUUGUCCCACCAACACAGUAUGAACAGAGGGGGGUACAUGCCCCCCACCCCUCCCUCCAGACUGGACUCCCAGAGGGGGCUCCACUCCCCCCAUCAACACCCCCACCCCCCCUCCCUGUCCCGCCAGAGCAGCUACAGUGGGCACGGCUCGCUCCCCCGCCAGGGACUUAAACGGACCCCGUCCCUAAAGCCUGACGUCCCCCCUAAACCCAACGCCUUCACCCCACAGACUCCUCAGAUGAGGGUGGUCAACAAGUACAGCUACUAGGACACUAUAGACACUAUGGAGUGUACUACCAAGUGUACUAACUGGGACAGGGCAGGGGCACUACUGAAUGUGCUCUAGAGCCAGACUGGUUGUGAGAAGGCUUAGGGAGGGAGUAGGACCAUGUGUGUGUCGGGGUGUGUCCCCAUGGAAUGAUUCAUUCCUUCACUCUAAAAAGGGAAAAUCACACCAGUGGCCAAAGAUGUGACGUGGAGUUCUGUGUCUUGUCUUGUGGCUCCAUGUUUCUCUCCAUCUCACAACAUACUGGUCAGUCUCCUCUAACCCUGACCCCUGGCCCUGACUCACUAACCCCAGCCCCAGGACAUAAGGCAGGGUGGGGGUAGAUGGGUGUAGGGGUCCUGUAGGGGACUAGCGUGGCCCCCAGUGUGUAGCCUGGCUCUAUGAUCCUGACUGUAACCCCAGCCCCAGGACAUAAGGCAGGGUGGGGGUAGAUGGGUGUAGGGGUCCUGUGGGGGACUAGCGUGGCCCCCAGUGUGUAGCCUGGCUCUAUGAUCCUGACUGUGGACGGUACGAGGUCUAACUCCGAGAACUACUUGAAGAAUGGGUCUGAUGUCUCACUGUCACUAAGCACUGUCUGUUUGUGCCACAAAUGGCACCCUAUUCCCUUUGUUGUCAACUACUUCUGACCACGGCACAUAGGCCUGGUUGUACCUAGUGCACUAUAUAGGGAAUAAGGGUGCCAUUUGGGGGACACCCUCUGUCUUCCCAUGAAUGUGAACUGGACUGAACUGAACUAGGGGGAGGAAUACGAUAGAACUGUUUGUAUCUUGUCUGUCUGACUGAUGGGGGAGAGCAGCGAGGAGACACACUAAACAUAGUGUCCCUUUAGAGGUGUUUAACUCAACUAUAAAGAUGGAGGAGGAAGGAAGGCAACAGAGAGAAUACCAGUGUGUGUCAGCUGGAGGGCAAAACCCAAUGUACAGCAAACACAUACACACACACUUUGCUUGGGGAGGUGAAAGGUACGUACCCUAACAGGGACCCUCUGUAACUCACUGGGAUAUCUACUGAACACGUUUGCUGCUAUGGGUUUAUGAUGAGUAAUGUAUGUUGCUAUUGGUUUAUGAUGAGUAAUGUAUGUUGCUAUUGGUUUAUGAUGAGUAAUGUAUGUUGCUAUUGGUUUAUGAUGAGUACUAUAUGUUGAGUGUAUUUAGUCCUCUUAUGCGUCUGUACCCUACAGCUGCCGUUGUCUCCUGACGUGUGUGUGUGUGUGUAUGUGCGUACAGACCAUGCAAUUCAAUGCACUGUUAGAACAGGCUCCAGUGCCAUCAGAGUCCUCUAUCAACACAUACCACCCUUCUCCUGUCUCACACAGACACACAGAUCCAAACUGGCGAUGCAGAGACCUUUCCUCCAGUCUUUCAAUGUAGCAGAGUGGUAUUUAGAAACAUUUCAUCCAACCCACUUCAACAGGCUGGUUCUGGUUUGGUUUGGUUUGGUUUUCUUUAUUUUAUUCAGAAAUGAAAGACGUAAACAUUUUAUGCAACACCAAUGGGUUUAGUUCUGUCAGGUUGAAAUGGCGUUCUGUAACAUGUCUGUCUCACCUGCCAACUGCAUGUCCGUCACUAGUGUUGGUCUCUGUGCUCCGGUGGGAGUUCACAAACUGCUCUCUGUGUGGUAGUUUCCCCAAGGUACAGAUCCAGGAUCAGCUUACCCUCUCUCAAACCUAAUCUUAACCAUUUCCAGGGUAACUGAUCUUAGAUCUUCGGUUCUCUGGCUGCCAUUUUGGUUCCAGAGGCAGUGUUGUGUUUGCAGUUUCCCAGUGAGUGACAAGUGUACAAUCACACCAACAUCUACCAAUGUGUCCUACCGAGUCAUGCUGGUAAUGACAAGAUACUGUACAUAUUAUAAAUAUAUGAGUAUACAUAUUUUUAGGCCAGUUAAUCCCAAUCUGUGCAUCGUGUGCCUUAUUCAACAAAUGAUCGAUAUACAGAAAUAUUGAGGGAAAAGGUGAUUUGGUCCUGAAUGUCAUUAUUGUUACAAUAUAACCUAAGCAACUCUGAUUAUUUGAAUUCAGAGUGAAAUUUGUGUUCCGCAUUUAAAUGUGUAUUUAUCUACCAAACUGCAGUUAUUUCGAUUCUAGAACUAAGAGUCGGUUUAGUCACCAACAUUCCAUUACAGAAUGCAGGCUGAAGCAAAGCAUGCUGGGAUUACAGUAUCCGUAUAUGACCUCAUGAAGAAGAAGGCUGCUGAUAGACCAAGCUGAGGUUCCAUGCAGUGAAUGUACUAUUAUGGCAUGGGGAUGUAGACUGACUCGUGUCUUCUCUCUAAACGCUUUGCUUCAUAACACUCAACAUGGCACUAUACAGCCAAUAUACAGUAAACAGUCGAUAGAGUACUCAAUAAACAUCCAACCCAGUAUUAAGGUAAACACUCCGGGUAAUUAUUAUAGAUCAAAGAUGUGUAUCUAAUGUCUUAAUAAACUGUUCCAUUAGAGUGAGCAGUGGUCAUGUGACCGGGACAUAAGAACAGGAUGUGGGUCAGAUCUUACAUUGACAAUGACGUUCAUGAUUUGGGUACAUUUACUUUAUUUGGGGAAUUAAUUUGUCUGCCUGUUUCAAACCCGAAGCCACAUUUUGUUAAAAAAUAUAAUUAAAGUCUUGUCUAUCAGUCGUCCUCUGCUAACCAGUGUUUGGGCUCAGAGACACACACACCCCCCUGUUCCAUUGGUCCAGACAGACAAGCUGUGCUCAGCUGUCUUGUGCGUUACCAUAUUGACCUGGGUCUUUGUGUUGCAGUGUCAGUCUACAGCCUUCCUACCCUCCUGUCUAUCUAUGCUCUAUGUGUGCAGAUGAACCAGCCUCGUUGACAUUACCUUUCUAAUACUGUUCUGAUUGGACAGUAAGACCCCCCGAUGUUUGUUCAGAGUGUUUGUAGAUAUGUUGUAAAGUUGGAACUGUGAAUGUGUACAAAAUGAUCGUCUUUUGUUUCAGGACUUCUUGUUGAAUUUUUUUUAACACGGCAUGUAUAGUUGAAAUAAAAUAUUACUGCACAGAA